AUGGCAUCGAACAACUCUGCUACCGAGGCUUCCGAGGCCACCCACUCCACCACCACCACCACCACCAUUGUCCCAGCUCCCUUGGUCACAUUCGAAAAAUUCCCUAAGCUCCCAAGGGAGCUGCAGGAUGAGAUAUGGAAGCAAGCUCUCCCUGGUUUUCGACUAAUCACUAUUGUCCAAAGGCUUCCUGGCGCAAUGGCAUCUUUCUCGAUGUCACAAGCCACGCCAAACAUACAUCUGUUGCGCAAUACCAUCCAAGCUCUUGCCGAACCUCCUAUUAUCCUCCGGGUUGACACGAAGUCUCGCAACGUUGCGCUCCGGCACUACCAUCCAAUGUUUCAAAAUGUGCUAUUUUCUCCGGUCUUCGUGGACCCAGAUGUCGAUAUCCUCCCUUUCUACAACCACCGAGCACUUGCCGCAUUCUACCAAGUUGCUACUGCUACGCACGCCAAUAUCGUUGAAUUCCCUCUCAUCCGAGCUGUCGCCAUUCCUCACAUGCAUCUAACAACCACGCCACACAACUCUCUCGCCUGUGCGAUGGAUGUAAUAAAGACUUGGCAUCGGGUGAAAGAUCUUUACAUGGUCUCGCCCACUAUGAAUGGUCCCAUCAACGGCUUUCCUGUGGAGGAGAUGAAAAUGUUGUUGGCACUACACCGAAGAUUGGUUUUGGAUGAGAUGACUGAGAGGGAGAAGAGAGAAUGGAUGAUACCAAGUGUGGUGUUUUUACGGGAAGAAGACCUCGAAGAAAUCACCGACUGAGGGAAGGAACGAUGGUCAUACCCGG